AUGCCGGAAUUGCGUCGAUCCACAAGAAGAGCUGCCGCUGAGGCACCUGCAGAGCACAAACCAAAGGUCGAGAAAUCCAAAGUCACAAAAAAAGCUCCUAAAAAGGCAAAGCUGACGAAGAAAACGGCAUCUAAAGAUGAAUCGGAAUCCGAACAGGCAAAAGAGGAGGAACUGGACGAGAAGCCUCAAUCGAAAAACCAAAAAAAAGAAUUAGAAGUGGGCGAUGAAAUCCCUGACAUUCUUUUGGUCGAUGAAAAAGAUGAACCUGUCUAUUUGAAGAAGGUUGCUGCUGAAAGCAAGUAUUUGGUCAUUUUUGCUUAUCCUAGAGCGUCUACUCCCGGCUGUACGAGACAAGCAUGUGGAUUUCAAAGAAACUACGCAGACUUCCAAAAACUUGACACUCAGGUGUUUGGUUUGUCGUCAGACUCCACCAAAGCACAACUCAACUUUGUGACCAAGCAGGGGUUGAAGUAUCAUCUUUUAUCCGAUCCCAAGAAAACCUUGAUCACGCUUUUGGGAGCCAAAAAGGCACCAGCUGGAAUCAAACGGUCUCACUGGGUCUUCGAGGAUGGCAAACUCAAGAUUAAGAAGAUUCAGAUCAGUCCAGAGGUCAGUGUCACCAGCGCCUUGAAGGAUGUAGAAGAUCUUCGCGAAGAGAAGAAGUAA